CACCGGGUAUGCCGUAUGGCCUUUGGUUGACAAAAGUCCUUGAGGGAGCAUCUUGUCCAGCCCUCAAACGGAAUGCCGAGUGGCCAAUGCCCAAUGUAGAAAGAGGCGUAUUUAGAGUCUGAAUCCUGUGAGAUCAUUGAAACACCUGCCAGGGAUGCGUAUAAGAAGAUGCCAGCACAUCAAUAACAUUUGAAUGCCCUCGCCAUUAAUUCUUGCUUACUUUUAUUCCUCCAUAUCCACGCAAAUCGCUGUACCAAUUCCGCAAAUAUGGCAUUCAGACAAAAGGUCGAGGCGACGAUCAAGUCCUUCUUCGAGGCAUACACAGACGGCGAAAAGCACAAUGACGCUUCAAUCAUCAACCGCGAGGUCACCCCCGACUGCACGCGCCAACUGCUCCCCCGUUCCAUGACGAAAGCAUUUGGCAUACCGGGCGAUUUCAUCCUAGACAACGCGGCCUACGAAACACAAUUCGCCAAGGACAUCGCCGUCUUCGUAGUCGGGGCCACCACCACUUCAAACCUCGUCGUCGACUCCGAAGCUCGAAAGGCUGCACUCACGUCAUCUUCGGAUAUCAAGUUUAAAGACGGCUCAGAUAAUCUCCAACUGGAGUUCAGUUGGUUCUUUGACUUCAACGAGGACGGUUCCAAGGCCACGAGAGUAAUCGAGUUCUGCGACAAAGAUUCAGUGAUGAUCAUGCAUAGCAAGGCCAGUGCGAACGAAUCGCACGUCCUAGAUGCUAAGGCAUGAUGAGGUUUCUGUACGGCUAGCUAGAUCGUUGUAGAAUCAUCUCUUCGUAGGAGCUUCCAUCCCAUAUUUCCAUCAUGAAUAGUCAUUAUCAUUGCAUU